CAAAGAUAUUUCUUAUCAUUAUCUGAAUUGGUCGAAAUUAUAAGUCUUAUCUAGGCUUAUCGCGCCGCGAUGAUAAUAUCGAUGACGCGCCUAAAAAUUUUACCACAAGCAUACGAUGUAUCAAUUUCGGCGGUUGUCGCGAUUGUGAAUUGUCGCAAGAUUUGCAAAUAUGUUGCCUCUAAACCGUGAAAACGAACCGAGGAUUAGCGUCUUUGACGAUUACUAUGAAGACAGCAGCUCGGAAUUUGACGAAACUGAAGAAGAGAGUUUGCUGAAGGACGUUCCACCGUGGGACAUGUUCGAAUGUCUUCCUCCUCCGCCAAAAAGUGGAUCUAUGCGAAGUAACAGGUUCUUUGAGAUUGUCAUUAGAAUCUUAAAGAUAUUCGUUUAUGGGUUGCUGUUCACUAUUGUUUUAUGCAGCGGCAUCACGUCUAAAUUGGCUGUUCUAUUGGCCGCUGCGCAGCUACGAAAAAACCAAUCGCUGCCCUACUAUAAUUGUAAGACGGAGAAGCUAGAGGAGCCCCUUACCGAAGAUACGCAGGAUGCCCGGGUAAAAUGGACAUGGUGUCUGAUUUUCAUAUUUCUCGUGCCGGAAUGCAUCGGAGUGUUAAACACCUUGUGGCACUACCUAUUCAAAGGGAGACCAAGGAUGUCAAAGAAACGAAGCAUUCUGCUCGUGGUACUGAUGGACACGCUCCACACUAUCGGUUUAGUGCUGUUGGCUUUUGUCAUUCUACCGGAAAUCGGUGCGGUGCAAGGCGCCGCCAUUUUCUGUUGCCUAUGUUUCGUCCCAGGAAUAUUGAAUCUACUUUCGCGAAACAAAGACAGCCGAGAUGUGUCGGCGAGCAAAUUAAGAUUACUGAAAGUCGUUGACGCAUUGGCACUAACCGCCCAAGUUAGUGGAAUGUUGUGGCCUUUGAUGUUAUAUCUUGCCAAGUACGAUAUCGAUGCAAGACUUACGUGGCUCUCUCCCGUUACCCUCGCCUUGUGCUCGAGUCGCUGGUGGAGCAACUUUGUGUCGUCCCACAGCAACCUUGGUCUGGCGCGAUUUUUAUCCCGUGCAAAAGAAGAUGUUCAAUCAGAUCAGCACGUCGUACAAGGCUACAUCUCCCUUUGGAGGAUAUUCAUUUUUAUCGCAGGUGCUCUCGUUGUUAACGUAUGCGAAGGAAUAAAGGCUACGAGCUUCUUCUCACCGAGAUUCACUACCCAUACACCCCUUUAUAUCUUUGCGAUUCAAGCCGCUUGCGCCAUGACGAUGUAUCAGUCUUGUAAAUUUGCUUACCGAACCCACAUGCAUCGGUUUGGUUUCGCGCUUCCAACGAAUCUGGCUAGCCUGGGAGCGGUGUGUUUGGUCGUGACGUUGUGCGCCGCCAGGCACGAGAACAUCUGUGCCUUUCACAACGUUACACCUGACUAUCUUUUCUUCGAGGAAUUCUUGUUUGCAAAUUGGAAGGAAUUUCUUUCCAGCUGGUAUAUUUGGCUGAUAUGGCUGAUAUGGCUGAUGUCGCAGAUAUGGAUCUCGAUGCACCUGUGGACCACCGAUAACGAAAGACUGGCACUAGCGGAAAGAAUCUUCUCUACGAGCACUUACGAUUCGCUUAUGAUUGACCAAUGUUUAGCUUUAAAUAGAAGAACGCAGAAUGAAAAUAUCGAGCGAGAAGAGACGCGAGAGGAGAAGGACAAGGACGCUCAACUUCCAAAUGGUGACCUAAGACUCGAAGCUAAUUACGAUAUUAGUUUAAACAUUGGAAGAAUCGAACAGGACCUUGACAAGGAUGAUCCGGAGGAUACGACGGCAAUCGAUAAACGUAAAGAUCGAGUGACGAGAAUCUAUGCGUGCGCUACAAUGUGGCAUGAAGAGAAGAAUGAGAUGAAUCACUUGGUAGGCAGUAUUCUGCGAUUGGAUAAGGAUCAGUGUGCGAUACGCGUCACGCAGAAACAUUACAAGGUUCACAUCGAGGAUUAUUACGAAUUGGAAACGCACAUUUUCUUCGACGAUGCAUUUUGCUGCAUGCACGGCUGCGUUGGUUUGUGCAAUCACGAUGAAAAUGAGACGCAAGUCAAUCAAUAUGUAAUUACGCUGGUGGAGACGGUUCAAAAAAAUGUGGAAAACUUGUACAUGCGUUCUUCACCGCCUACUAAAUAUCCGACGCCUUACGGGGGUCGUCUUGUGUGGACGUUGCCAGGCGAAACUAAAUUAUUCGUUCACCUCAAGGAUAAAAAUAAGAUUAGAUACAGGAAACGAUGGAGUCAGGUAAUGUACAUGUAUUAUCUUUUGGGCCUUCGCCUUAUGGCAAAACCGAUCGACAUAGAGCGGAAAGAGACUAUUGCCGAGAACAUGUACAUUCUUACAUUAGACGGAGAUAUCGACUUUCGACCAGCCGCGGUCAAAGUUCUGGUGGAUCUGAUGAAAAAGGAUCGAGAUCUUGGUGCCGCGUGUGGCCGAAUACAUCCCGUCGGAUCAGGUCCAAUGGUUUGGUUUCAAAAAUUCGAAUACGCUAUUGGCCACUGGUUGCAAAAAUCUACAGAACAUACGAUCGGCUGCGUUCUGUGUAGUCCUGGCUGUUUUUCACUCUUUAGAGCGAAAGCGUUAAAGCAACCGAAUGUAAUGGCGAAAUAUGCUACCAAGUCUACCGAAGCUAGACAUUACAUUCAGUAUGACCAAGGUGAGGAUCGGUGGCUCUGUACAUUGCUUCUCCAAGUAGGUUCCCGGGUCGAAUAUUCGGCGGCGAGUGAUGCGUAUACACACGCACCAGAGCUCUUUAGAGAUUUCUACAUACAACGACGGAGAUGGAUUCCCUCCACUGUCGCAAAUAUUUUCGACUUGUUGAUGACUGCUAAAGAGACGAGGGAGGUGAAUAAAGAUAUCUCGUGGCUGUACAUUGCUUAUCAAUGGAUUCUCAUGGGGAGUACAAUCCUGGGACCAGGUACGAUAUUUUUGAUGCUGGUUGGCGCGUUUGUCGCCGCGUUUCAUAUCGACAAUUGGUCCAGUUUUUGGUACAAUCUAAUCCCCAUUGGUGUGUUUGUCGGAGUUUGCUUCACCUGUAAGGAACGCAUACAGUUAUUAGUAGCCGAAAUUAUCAGUGCUAUAUAUGGCUUAGUGAUGGUAAUUGUCCUGGUAGGAAUUAUGUUGCAAAUCGCCGAAGAUGGUUGGCUCGCACCUAGUAGUCUUCUCUUCUUCAUUGUCGCAUGCCAAAUGACAGUAGCUGGUCUGUUACAUCCUCAAGAAGCAACUUGUCUAUUUUGCGGUGUUAUUUAUUACAUUACUGUACCAUCCAUGUAUAUGUUGUUAAUUAUCUUUUCCGUGUUCAACGUGCAUAACGUUACAUGGGGCACGCGUGAUUCGAAGAAACCGAGUGUCACUCUUCAAGAGGAGCAGAGAUCCGCAGCAAUCAGCAAUCUAUCCGGGUUCAUGGUAGGAAAGAAAAAUAAGCAAGACAAGAAUGAAAAAGGUUCAUUGGAGUUUUCCUUGGGAAAUCUUUUCAAAUGUGUCUGCUGCGUACAUUCAGGAGUUAAUUACGAAGAGAAGCGGUUGAGUGAAAUCAACGAUUCUCUACAACAGAUAAACAAACGUCUAAACUUAUUAGACAGACUACAUGCAGUAAACAUGGAAACUAACAAUGUUGCCCAAUCAUCUUCUAAUGCUAAUGUGUACCAAAGACCAUAUUUUCCCAUGGAAGAGACAAUAGAAGAGGAAAUGCGUGAAGGAAUCGAGUUACAACAUAUAACCGAUAAAAGUGAUGAAGAAAAUGUCAUUUACAAGGAUGUCGAUGACGAUGACGAUGAAAGUGAUGUUCUGACGCAGGUGUCAGCAACCUCGAGCCAGGAUCGUAGUUUCCUUAUUAGUCCUUAUUGGCUUCAAGAUGAAAGACUGCGAAGAGGUGUGGUAGAUUUCCUAUCGAACGAUGAGGAAGAAUUUUGGAAAGAUUUGAUUGGAAAAUAUUUGCGACCCAUUGAAAGCGAUGAGGAGAGUCAAAACAAAAUAACUCAGGAACUGAUGAACUCUCGUGAUGCAUAUUUAUCAAAAUUCUUCAUGUUAAAUGCCUUGUUUGUGUUGAUCGUGUUUCUUAUGCAGUUAAACAAAGAUACACUGCAUUUGCAAUGGCCACUUGGAAUGAAGUAUAAUAUUACAUUUAAUUUACAAGGAAAUCAUGUACAUGUAACAAAAGAAUAUUUAAGACUCGAACCGAUAGGAUGUCUAUUUAUUGCCGCGUUCAUUAGUAUAUUAGGUAUCCAGUUCUGUGCCAUGUUAGUUCAUCGAUUCGACACAUUUUCCCAUGUACUCGCCAAUACGAAACUUCCUUCUUGCACUAAGACUCCUUCGAAAGACGGCGAUUUUGAAAAACACGCUGAUAAGAUAGCAGAGAUGCUUCAACGUAUGGUGGAGGACGACAUGAUAUUCGAAUUUAGACGAAGUACCGUGACUUGUCCCAGUAAACAACAAAAUACACACGAAUUAACGGGAAAGUCAAAGAGAUCGUUGAAGAUAUUGGGAAACUUUGAAAAAUUGUUUCGACGGAAGCUUCACGAUCCAAAUUCAGGUUUAUCGCAACGCAUGUCCUCGCAAAUGCCGAAAAGUGCAUUUAGUGCCUUUGAGCGGAGGCGAUCAACAAUUUUAGCUAAAAGGAGAAGAACACAGACUCGGAAGUCAUAUGGCAUUUAUGACGAUGCUGAUAAUUUGAGACCUUCAAACCAGGAUUCUUUCCAACCAGGACAGUCGAAUUCACAUCAGUUUCAAUAUGAUAAUCCAGGAUUCAAGCGGGAUGAGAAUAUAUGAGAUUUAUAAAACAACCAACUUGAUGUGAGAUGUAAUAAUGCAGGAGGAAAUUUUUAUGUAAUUUCUCGUUUCUGACAUCAUAAUUUACUUAAAAGAGACGAAACGGCAAGCUAAGGGUACGUGUUGAGGUCCACAAAACAAUCAUUGCAUAUAACGUUGGAUCGCGUUUUGAGGAUAAAUUUGAAUUUGCCGCCUCUAAAAAGAAAAUCCGGAGGAUAUUAAUUUUAAACUUACUUUAAGUUAAUAUAUUAUAUAAAUUAAAAGACAAUUUCGGACAAUGGUUAUAGCAAAAUAGUAUAUUAUUUCUUCCUCACACAAAAACUGUAAUAAAAAGUAACUGCAGUGCC